AUGUUCAAGUUGGUGCUGUUGUCUGCUCUAUUCGCCCUUGCCUUGGCUCGUCCUGGUCUCUAUGAAUCCGUUGAGGUUCAUUCUGCUCCCUUGGCUACGGUAACUGUGCAAGAACAUGGAUAUGCCCAAACUGGUUCCCUGGUAAAGUCGGUACCCUCUUCCGUAUCGCAUCAAAGUCAUUCGGUUGUCCAUAGUUCCGCCCAUGUUGUGGAAGAUGUUUUGGCACCUGCCGUGAAGACCACUUCUUACACCACCAAGACAUUGGCUACACCUAUUGUGCAGACAUACUCUGCCCCAGCUUUGAUUAAGACUGUUUCUACUCCUGUAUUGCACACAUACGAAACAGCCCCUGUUGUAGUAAAGUCGUGGUAA